UCGCAGGGGGAGGGGCCGCCGCGCUCCCCGCGAAGAUGGCCGGGGCCGGGCAUCAGCCACCGAGCUCCUGAGUUCCUUUACCCGCCCCCCCCCCCCGGGCAGUGUGGCAGAGAGAGGGGCUGGGGAGAAGCUCCCCGGCCGGUGAUAGCCGCAGCCAUGGACGAGCAGAGCGUGGAGAGCAUUGCUGAAGUGUUCCGAUGUUUCAUUUGUAUGGAGAAGCUGCGUGAUGCACGGCUGUGUCCUCACUGCUCCAAGCUGUGCUGCUUCAGUUGUAUCCGGCGUUGGCUGACUGAACAGAGAGCUCAGUGCCCCCACUGUAGAGCCCCGCUGCAGCUCCGAGAGCUCGUCAACUGUCGCUGGGCAGAAGAGGUCACGCAGCAGCUCGAUACACUUCAACUGUGCAAUCUCACAAAGCAUGAAGAAAAUGAAAAAGACAAGUGUGAAAAUCAUCAUGAAAAGCUUAGUGUUUUCUGUUGGACCUGUAAGAAGUGCAUCUGCCACCAGUGUGCACUUUGGGGAGGAAUGCAUGGAGGACAUACCUUUAAGCCACUGGCUGAGAUCUAUGAGCAACACGUCACAAAAGUAAAUGAAGAAGUGGCAAAGCUUAGAAGAAGACUCAUGGAAUUGAUCAGUUUGGUGCAAGAAGUGGAGAGGAAUGUGGAGGCCGUGCGCAGUGCCAAGGACGAACGGGUUCGGGAAAUCAGGAAUGCAGUGGAGAUGAUGAUUGCCAGGUUGGACACUCAGCUGAAGAACAAGCUUAUCACAUUAAUGGGUCAAAAGACAUCACUUACUCAAGAAACAGAACUUCUGGAGUCCCUCCUUCAAGAAGUGGAACAUCAGUUACGGUCCUGCAGUAAGAGUGAGCUGAUAUCCAAGAGCUCAGAGAUCCUGAUGAUGUUCCAGCAGGUUCAUCGAAAGCCUAUGGCCUCAUUUGUCACUACUCCUGUGCCCCCUGACUUCACAAGUGAAUUGGUUCCAGCCUAUGACUCAACUACAUUUGUCUUGGAAAACUUCAGUACGUUGCGUCAGCGAGCAGAUCCUGUUUACAGUCCACCUCUUCAAGUGUCAGGACUUUGCUGGAGAUUAAAAGUUUAUCCAGAUGGAAAUGGAGUAGUACGAGGCUACUACCUGUCUGUGUUCUUGGAGCUGUCUGCUGGAUUGCCAGAGACAUCCAAGUAUGAAUACCGUGUAGAAAUGGUUCACCAGUCCACCAACGAUCCCACCAAAAACAUCAUUCGGGAGUUUGCCUCUGAUUUUGAAGUGGGAGAAUGCUGGGGCUACAACAGAUUCUUUCGGUUGGACUUGCUAGCCAAUGAAGGCUACUUAAACAGGCAGAAUGACACUGUGAUCCUAAGGUUCCAAGUGCGCUCACCAACCUUCUUCCAGAAGUGCCGAGAUCAGCACUGGUACAUUGCUCAGCUGGAGGCAGCUCAGACGAGUUACAUCCAGCAAAUAAAUAACCUUAAAGAAAGGCUUGCGAUUGAGCUGUCCCGGACUCAGAAAUCCCGAGGCAUUUCCCCUCCAGACACUCAUCUUAGUCCCCAGAAUGAUGAUGGGCCAGAAACAAGAUCCAAGAAAUCAGGCCAAAGCACUGAAGUGCUGCUUGAGAACGUUGCUGCCCCAGGAUUGGUGCGAGAGAGCAAGGAAGAGGAGGAGGAGAAGAUCCAGCAUGAAGACUUUAAUCACGAGCUCUCUGAUGGUGACUUGGAUAUAGAUCUUGCUGGAGAUGAUGAGGUGAACCAUCUUGAUGGCAGCAGCUCUUCAGCUAGUUCCACAGCAACUAGUAACACUGAAGAAAAUGAUAUUGAUGAAGAAACUAUGUCUGGAGAAAAUGACGUGGAAUACAGCAGUAAUAUGGAGUUGGAAGAAGGAGAUCUCAUGGAGGAUGCAGGAGCAGCUGCCACUCCUGGAGCAUCAGGUACUAGCCACAGCUACACCAGUGCCAGUGGAAGACCUUCAAGGAGGGGAGGAAGUGCCCUAGGCUCAACAGCCAGUAGCAGUUUACUAGAUAUAGAUCCUUUAAUUUUAAUCCACUUGUUGGAUCUAAAAGACAGAAAUGGUAUGGAAAAUCUUUGGGGCCUUCAGCCACGUCCACCUGCCUCUCUUCUGCAGAACAGAGCAUCAUCCUAUUCUCUGAAAGACCGAGAUCAGCGGAGACACCAGGCGAUGUGGCGCGUGCCGCCUGACCUGAAGAUGCUGAAAAGACUUAAAACUCAGAUGGCUGAAGUUCGAAGCAAGAUGUCUGACGUGAAGAACCAGCUGUCAGAAGUGCGAGGCAGCAACGCUGGGCCGUGUGAUGGGCAGCCCGGGUUCUUCUCCGUGGAGCAAGGGGCUUUAGCUGCCUGUGGCACAGAGAGCUGCAGCAAGCUGCAGGAGAUUGGGAUGGAGCUGCUGACCAAGUCUUCAGUUACCAGCUGUUAUAUAAGGAAUUCUGCAAGUAAGAAAAGUAACUCCCCCAAAGCUCUGCGCUGCGGGGCCGCGGGCAGCCUGUCCCUGCGGAGGGCCAUGGACUGCGGGGACGGCAGCCUCCGCCUGAAGGGCGACGCUCCGGCCACGGAAGGGGCCCCGAAGCUGAGCAGUCGGCACCACGCUGCCAGGCCGCAGGCGAGCGGCGGCGCUUCCGAGGCGCUUCCCAAGCCGGAGGAAAGGCUCUGUGAAGGUUCAGAUCCCGAUGUGGGAGUUUCUGGCAUAAAUGGCUUAGCUGCUGUAGAGAAGACCAGAAAAGCUGGUGCUCUGGGAUUGAACUCGAAAGGAUGUUGUACGGAAGGAGCACAGCCAGGGGGUCUGGAAGGCAGCUCUGAAGCUGGUGAAGUGCAGGGUGUGCUUUCUGAAGGUGCUUCUGCAGGGCCAGAAGAAGCCGGGGUAUGUCAGAAGCAUGUCCUUCAUCUCCUCCCAGGAAUGAGCAGCGACAGUGACAUUGAGUGUGACACAGAAAACGAAGAGCAGGAGGAUGGCACCUCUGCCUCAGAGGGCUUUAACCGUGUCUUCUCUGUCCAGUCCUCGAGUGAAGCCUCGGAGCGGUGCUCAGUGUUCCCAGAGGGUGAUCAAGUUGGUUCUGACAAUCUCGGCUUUGUGACUGGCGAGGACAGCAGCAGCUCCAGAGAGAUAACGUUCCUGUUGCUGGGAGGGUGGAUGCUUGUGCUGUCUGACCUUCUUCAGACUCCAGCAGGAGACUGAUGGCAGAGGUAGAGUGGGACCCUGCAGCUCAUCUCCCCGGGAAGAGGGCAGUGGUUGGCUAGUGCUGGAGCUGCACGUGCUCCCCAGCACCUGCCCCCCUUGGGGGUUUCUACACUCAUCUUAAACCUGUUCCUGGGGCAGAAGGACCUUUGAAGGCCUCUCACUGAAGGCUGCAUUCUGCUGGCUCUGCCAGCUUCAGCUGCUCUGAAAAAAUGUCUGAAGGUGCUGGAGCCCCGUUUCAGGCUGCGUGUCCUGUUGUGUCAUUGGCGUAACUGCAACUCUGUGAAUGUCCUUGUUUUAAACGGUGUGAACUGGGCAUGAGGUGGCUGAAUCCAGCACAGGACAAGGCUUGGGGUAAAACACCUGCCACAGGAGCUGUUUUCCUCAGCCUGGGUCGGGGACCAACUGAAUACAUUGCCAAACUUUGCUCCCCUGUGUUGCGUUUUGAGCUGCUCAAGUACUUGUGAAGCUGUGGUGGCCGCAGGCUCGAGCUGCCGUGCGCAGAACAGCCCCCGGCUGCGCGUGUCGCCCCGGUGCGGCGCCGGCCGUGGCUCCAUGUCCCCAGCAGUGCUGUACAACGCCUGUUUCAAACUGUUUGCACUUUGUUAAUAAAAUGAAUGUUGGAAUCUGG